GGCGUGGCGGAGCAGCUCUCACUCCCUCGCUCACUCGCUCGCAGGGACACACGCAGGGGCUGACAGCUGUGCUGGUGCUGAUAAGGGAAGCCACAAGGAGACGAUCGAGGAGAGAGACAAGCGGCAGCAGAGGCACAGCAGAGGCAGCACCGGGGCUGCGGAGCUGCUGGGAGUGGGAGUGACUCCCCACCUCGGGCCCCCACCCUGUCCCUGUCCUCCUCCCGCUUGCCCUGAGUUUAGAAGAGCAGCCGCUGCCACCACCGCCACUCCGGAGGGCACCAGGGGUUUGCUGGCCAGGGAGGGACAGGGGCAGGGAGGCUCUGGCUGGUCCCAGAAGCCAGGGACAGAUGCCGAUCGAGAUUGUGUGCAAAAUCAAAUUUGCAGAAGAGGAUGCGAAACCCAAGGAGAAAGAGGCAGGGGAUGAGCAGAGCCUCCUGGGGGCUGCGCGGGGGACAGCGGCCCCCCGGGACCUGGCCACCUUUGCCAGCACCAGCACUCUGCACGGGCUGGGCAGGGCCUGUGGCCCAGGCCCCCAUGGACUUCGCAGAACCCUUUGGGCACUGGCCCUACUCACCUCACUGGCUGCCUUCCUGUACCAGGCAGCCAGCCUGGCCCGGGGCUACCUGACCCGGCCUCACCUGGUGGCAAUGGACCCUGCUGCCCCAGCCCCAGUGGCUGGCUUCCCAGCUGUCACCCUCUGCAACAUCAACCGUUUCCGGCAUUCGGCACUCAGCGACGCCGACAUCUUCCACCUGGCCAAUCUGACAGGGCUGCCCCCCAAAGACCGGGAUGGGCACCGUGCCGCUGGCCUUCGCUACCCGGAGCCGGACAUGGUAGACAUCCUCAACCGCACUGGCCACCAGCUUGCCGACAUGCUCAAGAGCUGCAACUUCAGUGGGCAUCACUGCUCCGCCAGCAACUUCUCUGUGGUCUAUACUCGCUAUGGGAAGUGUUAUACCUUCAAUGCAGAUCCCCAGAGCUGGCUGCCCAGCCGGGCCGGGGGCAUGGGCAGUGGCCUGGAGAUCAUGCUGGACAUCCAGCAGGAGGAGUACCUGCCCAUCUGGAGAGAGACAAAUGAGACAUCGUUUGAGGCCGGCAUCCGAGUGCAGAUCCACAGCCAGGAGGAGCCACCCUAUAUCCACCAGUUGGGCUUUGGUGUGUCCCCAGGCUUCCAGACCUUUGUCUCCUGCCAGGAACAGCGGCUGACCUAUCUGCCCCAGCCCUGGGGCAACUGCCGGGUGGAGAAUGGGCUUCAGGAGCCUGAGCUUCAGGGCUACUCAGCCUACAGUGUGUCUGCCUGCCGGCUGCGCUGUGAAAAGGAGGCUGUACUCCAGCGCUGCCACUGCCGGAUGGUGCACAUGCCAGGCAAUGAGACCAUCUGCCCACCAAAUAUCUACAUCGAAUGUGCCGACCACACCCUGGCCAGUCUCAAAAUGCUGAGCAUCCUGUGGAGCACAGUGACAUCCUUGUGGCUGAGACAGGAGCUGUGGCCUCAAGAGAAGGAAUGCAGCCUCUGCCACCCACGGCCUGGCAGUGAGGAAGCUGGGGGAGGAUAUACCCUGAAAUCUCUCCCCUCCUUGCCCUCUGACCCUACUGAGGCCUCCCACUGGCCAAACCCAACUAAAAGCCAGAGGACACGGAGUCCAGACUCCCUGGGUGGGGGUUCCGAGGGCCCAUGUUUCUGCCCUACCCCCUGCAACCUGACCCGCUACGGGAAAGAGAUCUCCAUGGUCAGGAUCCCCAACAGGGGCUCAGCCCGGUACCUGGCAAGGAAGUACAACCGCAAUGAGACCUACAUACGGGAGAACUUCCUGGUCCUAGACAUCUUUUUUGAAGCCCUGACCUCUGAGGCCAUGGAGCAGCGAGCAGCCUAUGGCCUAUCAGCCCUGCUGGGAGACCUCGGGGGACAGAUGGGCCUGUUCAUUGGGGCAAGCAUCCUCACACUGCUGGAGAUCCUUGACUACAUCUAUGAGGUGUCCUGGGAUCGACUGAAGAGGGUAUGGCGGCGUCCCAGGACUCCCCUGAGGACCUCCACGGGGGGCAUCUCCACUUUGGGGCUGCAGGAGCUGAAGGAGCAGAGUCCCUGCCCAAGCCGGGGCCAUGCUGAGGGCGGGGGUGCCAGCAGUCUGCUCCCCAACCACCACCACCCACAUGGCCCCCCGGGAGGCCUCUUUGAAGACUUUGCCUGCUAGGAUGGUGCUGUGUCUGAAAGGACCCAGGAGUCUGGGACCCCUCCCCAGAUCCUCAACAUAGCCUCCUCCUGCUCCUGGGACAGGCCUGGGGGCAGCCCAAGACUGAAGGGGGGAGGGCGGUGCUCACAAGGAGGGUGGGGACUCAGUUCCUGCUCUCGCUGGCCCAGCGCCAGCUGCUUUGCACAAGGGUCCUACUUGUCCACACCUCCCCCGCCCACUGGGCUGGUGCCCAGGAAGGCUGGAGGGGAGAAGAAAGGAGAGAAGUGGAGAAAGGGGCCCACACCAGCAGGGGUGGAACCCUCUGUAUAUUUGUAUAUAUUUAGGGGGGACAGGGAGGGGGUGGGGGUACAGAUGUAGAAGGCAGGUAGGGCUACAAGGGUAGGUAAUGCCAGCCAGGGUCCCAGCCCUAGAGUGCCACAGGAGAGGGCGAGCCCCUAGGGCUCAGGAGUGCUGGACUGGUCCCUCUCCAGGCCCAGCUCCCCUUUGGCAGGGGGAGUGGGUGACCCAGCAGGCCUGGCCCCCACCUUGAGUCCCCUCCACAAGGAGCAGGCAGACCUAUCAGACCUUGGCUGAGCUUCGGGGUGGGGAAGCGAGCCUUCUCAGACCUCUCUGCCUCUAGUCUGGUUUUAUAAAGUGCUGAUAAAAUUGGGAAUAAAGAGGCAUAAAGAAUUCUCUGUGCAUAUGUGACCAAGCU